GUGUCUGUCAAGUGUCAUUGUGACGUUUCAGUCGAUUAACGAAAGGAAACAACAUGUUUUUGUAAAUAACGAAUCGCAUCGCAAUCACAAAUAGUAAUUAAAAUCGCGUAAAUUUGACGCAUAGAUUGUAAUCAAUCACCAUGAAAACAGCGGCGAGUGCGGAUCAUUUGAAGUUGUCAAGUGAAAUUAAAGCGUUGCAUUCGACGUUGCGACAAAAAACGAAAAAAUUGGGUACGAAACGAGCAUGGCAAGAGCAUUUGCAGGCUAAAUCAAAGCUGCAAAGCUAUGCGAAAGCAAUGAAGGAAUUGGCGAUGAAUCACUGGGAAUUGAAUGAUCGCAAGAAAGAAGAAGCCAAUUCCAAGGCUCAACAGCGCAGCCGAAUCGCAUGGACAGUCAAUUAUUGUCGUGAAUAUUUUCUGAGCGAAGAUCUGAUAACAAAAAUAAGACAACGUGAACUGCGACUUUUGGAUGAACUCCAAAUUGAUUGCACGGAAAUGAAUCGAGUGAUUGCAGCAAGACAAGUGCCAGUAGAAAAAAUCAAAUUACUUGACGUUGGCAGUUGUUAUAAUCCAUUUAAACCGUUUCCUGAAUUUGAAGUGACCGCCGUUGAUAUUGCACCAGCAAUUGAAGAGGUGUUCGAAUGCGAUUUUUUGAAUGUUGAACUGGGUGAUAGUAUCGAAACAUCGAGCAACGAUAGUAAAUCACAGAUUUUAAGUAAAUUACGUAUUAAUAGCUAUGAUGUUGUUGUAUUUAGCCUAUUGCUGGAAUACUUACCCACCUCUGAGCAAAGAUUGAAAUGCUGCGAAAAAGCCUGUAAACUUUUAACGGACGAAGGAAUACUCUGUAUCAUCACGCCAGACUCAAAACAUAUGGGUUGUAAUGUGAAGCUGAUGAAAACAUGGCGCUAUGCUCUGGCACAGCUUGGAUUGGGCCGCAUCAAAAUUGAAAAACUGGAACAUAUCACCUGCAUGGUAUUUCGAAAGUGUCUCGAUCCAGAAAUCAGCCUUCGAUGGAGUCGCAUGCACAAACAACCGUACAUGGAAUAUUGCAUCGAAAUACCACAAGAUUUCAACGAUACGGGAGAUAAAGAUAGUGAAGAUGUGACUGAAGUGGAUGAUGAAAGUAAAGAAUCACAUGAUGAAGGCAAAGAAAAAGAUGAUGACGUUGAAGGAAAAGAUGACAAAGAAGAAGCGACUUCACAAUCGAGUAACGAAUUAGCUACUCCCAGUGAAGAAAAUCCCGGUCCCAGUUCAACCACACCAGAGAAUAAUUGCUUAACAUAGCUUUACCUUUAAAUUGUCAGUGCCAAUUGCCAAGAAACAAAUGUGAUGCUUUACCUAAGCCAAUAAAAUAAAAACACAGACAUGUUUUUAAGUAGCA